AGUUCCGCGUUGUAGUGUUCCUCCUCUCGGUCCAUGCUGUCUCUGCGGAGCGCAACAUCAGCACUCCUCCUGAGGACCGGUCCACAAAUCGUCACCGUCCGCUCGGUUCCGAGGGCCCGAUCCAGUCCCAUACGUCUGUGUGGUCCCCCUCCGAUUAGACCGCUCUUUCUGUCCGCCUGUUUGAGGAAGAAGAGGAAGAGAGGCUUGUGGCUGGAGAUAUCUGAAGGACAGAAAAUGGAUGGCAACAUUGAAGAGAUUCUGGCUCCUUUGAGGCUGGCAGUAAAAGAGCAGGGUGAUCUUGUGCGUCAGUUGAAGGCAGAGAAUGCUCCUGAUGUAGAUGUCACAAAGGCAGUAGCAGAGCUCAAAGCUCGGAAGAGAAUCCUUGAGGCCAAAGAGCUUUCCUUACAGUCCAAAGAUGACAUUGUGGACCGAACCAAGAUGGAAGACACUCUAAAAAGACGGUUCUUUUAUGAUCAGGCAUUUGCCAUAUAUGGGGGCGUGAGCGGUCUGUAUGACUUCGGGCCUGUUGGUUGUGCUCUGAAGAACAAUAUCCUUCAGGUGUGGAGGCAACAUUUUAUCCAAGAAGAGCAGAUUUUAGAGAUUGACUGCACAAUGCUCACACCUGAACCUGUUCUCAAGACAUCAGGGCAUGUGGAUAAGUUUGCUGAUUACAUGGUAAAGGAUGUCAAGAAUGGAGAGUGUUUUCGUGCCGACCAUCUCCUUAAAGCUCAUCUACAGAAAUUAAUGAGUGACAAGAAAUGUCCUGCAGAAAAGAAAACUGAAAUUGAGAGUGUCAUCACACAGAUGGAUAACUACACUCAGCAGGAGCUGGCAGAUUUGUUUGUGCAAUACAAUGUCAAGUCGCCCAGUUCAGGAAAUGAUCUUACACCUCCCAUCUCAUUUAACCUGAUGUUCCAAACCUCCAUUGGACCUGGGGGGAACAUGCCAGGCUAUUUGAGGCCAGAAACUGCUCAGGGAAUCUUCCUCAACUUCAAACGUCUUUUGGAGUUCAACCAAGGGAAGCUGCCUUUUGCUGCAGCCCAGAUCGGAAACUCCUUCAGAAAUGAGAUCUCGCCUCGCUCUGGAUUAAUUCGUGUCAGAGAGUUUACGAUGGCUGAGAUUGAGCACUUUGUCGAUCCGAAUGAAAAGGUUCAUUUCAAGUUCUCCAAUGUUGCCGAUCUGGAAAUCAUGCUUUAUUCUUCCAAAGCACAAACCAGUGGGCAAUCUGCCAAAAUAAUGAGGCUGGGUGAUGCAGUGGAGCAGGGAGUCAUCAACAACUCCGUCUUGGGCUACUUUGUUGGAAGGAUCUACCUUUAUCUGGUCAAAGUGGGUGUGGCAAAGGACAAACUUCGUUUCCGUCAGCACAUGGACAACGAGAUGGCUCACUACGCCUGUGACUGCUGGGAUGCUGAGACCAAAACUUCUUAUGGUUGGAUCGAGAUUGUGGGGUGUGCUGAUCGCUCAUGUUAUGAUCUUUUGUGCCAUGCACGGGCCACCAAAGUCCCUCUGGUUGCUGAGAAGCCCUUAAAGGAACCCAAAGUUGUAAAUGUUGUCCAGUUCGAGCCAAACAAAGGAGCCAUUGGCAAAGCAUACAAGAAGGAUGCCAAACUCGCCAUGGAAUAUCUUGCCAUCUGUGAUGAAUGCUUUAUCACGGAGCAGGAGAAGCUCCUCAGUGAGAAUGGUGAGUUCACCAUUGAGACUGAGGGCAAGACUUUCAAACUCACCAAGGACAUGGUUAACGUCAAGAGGUUCCAGAAGACCCUGCAUGUUGAGGAGGUUGUACCAAAUGUGAUCGAACCCUCAUUUGGCAUCGGGAGAAUUAUGUACUCCAUCUUUGAGCACACAUUCCGUAUCAGAGAGGGUGACGAACAAAGAACCUAUUUCAGCUUCCCUGCCACUGUUGCACCAUACAAAUGCUCCGUCCUUCCAUUGAGCCAAAAUCAGGAAUUUAUGCCUUUUGUUAGAGAAUUAUCUGAAGCCCUGACCAGGAAUGGCGUCUCCCACAAAGUGGAUGAUUCUUCAGGAUCUAUCGGAAGACGUUAUGCCAGAACGGAUGAAAUCGGUGUGGCAUUCGGUAUCACCAUUGAUUUUGACACCGUCAACAAGACGCCCCACACAGCCACUCUGAGGGACCGCGACUCCAUGAGGCAGAUCAGGGCUGAGGUUCGUGAGUUGCCCGAAAUAGUCCGUGACCUGGCCAAUUGCGCCAUCACAUGGGAAGAGGUGGAAAGCAAGUUCCCAAUCUUUGAGGGCCAGGAAACCAGCAAAAAGGAAACAGUGGAGGAGUAAACUGACUAUACCUAUAUCUCAUCUUCCUCUUUGACUGGAGACAGUCGUGGACAUUUUUACAUUUGCAUUCAUAGGAUCAAAUUUAUGGCUAUUGUAAUGUUUAACCAAUCAAUGUGCACACCAAUGGCAAUUGAUGUGUUGCACACAACUGCAUCUACCACUUUAAUUGAGUACACAAUCAAGGAUUCUCUAUAAGGACCUAAUUAAACACAUGUUUAAAGGGAUAACGGUAAUUCUUUUUCUGUACUAGUAAAGGGAUAUCACCAUUCCUGUUCAUGGGCUGAUACAUUGAAGAGACAUGGUAAAAUAAAUCAAGCCAGCACUUUCUGGACCUAUAA